CUGUAUAAAGUAGAUGCUGUCAUAAACAGAGGUAUUGCCAUCAUAUGUUUUUGAACAGACAAAAUGUUUUGACAGAAAAAAAAAUCAUGUCAAUUAGAGAAAAUUACAAAAGUUCAAAAACUCACUAGUAUUGCGUACUGCAAGUCUAACGCAAAAGAUAGAUAUAAAUGUAAAAAGUAGGUCGUGAAUAACAACACUUAUCUAGGCAUUUUAUAAAUUUUGAUAUUAUUUUGUCAAAUUUCUUUAUAAUAAUUUCUGAAUUUAAUAGAAUUUCUGAUCCAAUAGUAGUGCUGGAAAAAAAUUUGAUAUAGUUUAAAAUUUGUAUACUUUUAAAAUCUGUCUAUUAAAUUCUUGCACCCCAAUGGUCGCUCAAAUUUAAACCAAUUUUUAAACUGUCAAUGAAACUCUUGUUGUUUUAAUAGCUAUAAAAUUACCACAAAUGAAUUUGCUAGUGAUGCCAACGUUAAGACUGUUCAACAUUUCCGUUUAAAGAAACAGACUUUAGUUGGCACAAAAGCAGUUUGUUGAGGUAAUUAGGUUUGUGUGAUGUCUUGAUGAUGCUUAAACUAUAUCUAGUUAACGUAAGUUCACUAAUGUGAUUAACAGAGUUGAUGGAAUAAAAUUACUCCAAAUAAAACAAAGAGGAGUUCAAGAGUAACACAAAUAGAGGAACAUGGAGACGGGAAUAUAAGAGUCGGAAAGACUGCUUGUACAGUUAUUAUUUUUUUUUCAGGGACGUGAAAUAAAGAAAAAGGUUUAGAAAUGUAAAACAAAAAAAAAACGUAAGCAGUAGAUUACAUAUCGAGGUGGAAGGUGCUUCAUUAUCAAGGCGAAAUUUAAUGAUCAAUGGGCGAAGUUCAGUGGUUAGCAAUAAACAUACGUUGAAGAACGAUCACGAGUAAAUGGAAGCCGGAGGAGUCCGCUUAGGCGAGCUAAGUACUGUGGCACCUAAGGCCCAUUGUGCACAACCUCCAGGUAGAGCCAGAAAAACUGCAAAGAAAGCCCUAUGCUCUGAUGAACUCAGUAAACUUCCCGUUGUAACAUUUUUAAUUACCUUGAGACCGGCAUAUCAGAAACCCAGAUAUUUGUUGGACAGAAACAGUGAAUGUGGAGUGGAGUUCUGUCCUCCUCCAUACAACCCCUGAAGAGGUCGUCAUCUGUGAGGCCGAUCACAUGCAGGUGUCGUUUUAAUAGGCCUGUCCUGUGUACAAGCUCACGAUUAAUUGAAGGUCUUUCCUCCCAAGACUCAUCAGGCGUUCACUGCGUGUCAAGUCUGGGCCCUCAAUGAAGAGCCUUGAUUUCCGCAGGUCGGUGUGUAAACGAAGCUGUUAGUCCAUACCUUUGGCAACUUUUUUAAAUUUUGAUAAUUUAUGGGUAAGUUUUUCAUAUAUUCGUAUUAUACAUAUUAUUAUCUAAUUUCUUGGUAAAAGCUGAAAUGUCUUUUUUAUUUUUUUAUUCAAUACAUUUUCAUUCAUCUUGGUCUCCCAGUGGGAAAGUUCUUGUAGAGAUAUAUGCAAUGAAAGUUUGUAACGUUAAAGUGAACGAACCGAAAGGGACUUUUCACAACGAGGAGGGUGAAAACGUCGUUUAAAAGUUUGACUUUGGACACUUACUAUCAAUAGUAAUUUAGAUUUGAAUCACUGUGCAGAAAAUUAUAAUACCGGAAUUAAUUUAUUGACUCGGAGGAUUAGAAUAAUUACAAGGAAAAAAUGUCAUUAUUUCAAGUAUAACUGGUGUAAUCAAUAAUAAUCACUAAUCAAGUUGUAAAAUCAGAACUGUUUAAUAAAAAUUUUCGGCAUUUUUGAUUGCUUUUGAUGAGGUUUGAUUAGAAAUCAAAGGAGUGAAAGAAGCAAUUUUCCGAAAUGAAAGAAGAUCGACAGUAUACCCCUACCCGUGGGCUGCAGACGAUAAUUACCGAUUUACGUGCAAGUUGCUGUUAAUUUUGUUUUGCUACAAAUAAUGCCUAAUCGCCUAAUCAUCAGCUGACCCAACCAAUGGUAAACUUGCAAACAUAACAAUUCUUGAAUAAGUCGCUAUUAAAAACUUCAAUUUCGAAACGAUUCAUAUUUUGCAAUAAAAUUCGGUGAUUUUGCGCGCUGUGCCUCAACAUAUCGUGGAAGUCGCAGUCGUGAUUCGGCACCCCCACCAGCAGCCAGCAGCAGCUCGAGGUGCACCAAUUUGGGAAGAAGUUUUAAGAAAAUGAAAAGGACGCUGUGUGAGAGUUGUCGGAAGUUGCAAACUUUUUUCCACUCACUUUAAAGUUUGCCGGAUGUGGCGGUCUGGAAGCGAAGCAGAGUCGCCGGAAAUUGGUGCAUGAACUAUCUUUGCCACCGAUGACGAAGAUCGUCUCCAAGUCAAGAAAUACGUAAAAACAGUUAUUCACCAUGCUGGUUUUCCUCCUCGUGACUAUCCUCUUAUCCCAUGCUCAAGCUCACGAAGAGAUUAGAAGUCCUCACGAACGAACGAAUAAUUCGUUAUUAGUUUCAAAAACGCAAUCUAAAAACGACACCUACAUUGAUGAGCAAUUCGAUUAUCUUGUGCGCGAUAAAAGGGAUUGGAAUGAAGACAACGCUAGUUAUAUCAAUGGAAGUGGUAAUAUUACGUAUUCCGAACAGGAGUUUAUUGAUAGUCUUUGGGAACUGAUCGCGCCUAAGAGCUGGACGUGGAUCCUGGUUAUUCUUCACACUCUGGUCUUUAUUAUUGGGAUUAUUGGGAACAUUCUGGUGUGUGUCGCGGUGUACAGGAACCACACGAUGCGGACUGUCACUAAUUACUUUAUCGUGAACUUAGCAGUUGCUGAUUUUCUUGUUAUUUUGUUCUGUUUGCCACCGUCGGUUGUCUGGGAUGUUACGGUCACGUGGUUCUUUGGUAUCACCAUGUGCAAGAUCGUUCUCUAUUUCCAGAGUGUAUCCGUGACGGUGUCGGUAUUAACAUUGACUUUCAUAUCAAUCGAUCGCUGGUACGCCAUCUGCUUUCCUUUGAAGUUCAAAUCUACAACUGGAAGAGCCAAAACUGCGAUCGGAAUUAUCUGGAUUGUGGCUUUGGCCUGUGAUAUCCCGGAAAUGAUCUACGUGACGACAAUACCCACUGUUGAUGAAGUAGACACCGUGCUUUUAACCCAAUGCGCCCCGACUUGGUCCACUGAAACAGACACGAUUUUCUUUAUAUUGAAAAUGGUCCUCUUCUAUUUGAUUCCACUAUUCUUCAUGUCGAUCGCCUAUCUGCAAAUAAUCCGGGUGUUGUGGAAAUCCGGUAACGUUCCUCAUCAAAUAAUAGAUGCGUCCGGGGGUGGUGGUCGGCAGGCCAACACGUUCGCCAUGAACAUGAACGCCAGCACUGAAGGACAACUGCGGUCGCGGCGAAAAGCUGCUAAGAUGCUCGUAGCUGUCGUCGUUAUGUUUGCUUUCUGCUAUUUUCCCGUACAUCUGCUCUCUAUCUUAAGGAAAACUGUUGGUUUGAAAAACACGGACGGCAACCGGGCGUUUUCUUUGAUAUCACACUGGUUGUGUUAUGCCAACAGCGCCGUUAACCCCAUCAUUUACAACUUCAUGAGCGGCAAAUUCCGAAAAGAAUUCCAUCGCGCUUUCGAGCACUGUUGCCAGCGGUCGGGCGGCCAUGGAUUCCAAUUUAGCGCCGUGUAUCGCAAAACGGAAAAGGACUCAGGAAUUGCCUCACGAACCCAUUCGAGGACCGACCUGGAGAUACAGCGUGUGACCGAUUUCGAACCGAGACAUAACAGGAAAGGGACAAAGACUAGCAUGUUACUAGUGGAAACCUAAAAUAAUUCGAAUCAUAUCAAAGCGCGUGUGGAGGCGAAUGCUCACUUUACUAAAGGACAAUCAGGAGAAAACAGUCCGCUGUGAUAUAUAAAUUUGGUGAAAUUCGACGUGCUCUCGGAAGCGUUUUGAACGAUUCCGACUGUGUAAUACAUUCAUUUUUGUUUUAGACCAGAGUAAGCUAUUUAUUGUCAUUAGGCCACAGUCUUACCAUACAACUAGCCAAAUUUCCAUAACCUACUUUGGUCUAAAACAAAAAUAAAGGUAUUAUACACGACUCACUUUCUGUAUCAAAAUGAAUGUUGUUACUUUUAAAACUCUGACGGGGGAAUAAUAAACGCUGAAACUUGUAAAUUAAUGUUGACCAAGUGAUGUUUUAUGUAGUAGACUGUCAAUAAAUAGUGUUAAG